AUGAUGACUUCAUCUGUCUUUUCGAUUUUAAUUGGAGUCGCGGUUUUUGAUUUGGUCGUGUUGGUUGAAACAAUUAUAACAUCAGCGAAUGAUAAUUUGUUUUUUGAAAGAGAAGGAACAGAUUGCGCCCCUCCAGUAACUCAUUUUGCUUUGAGCCUCUCGUGGAAAACACUAGUUCUCUGUGAUCUUGUUCGUCGGUCUUCCGUAUGGUUGGCAAUUAUGAUGGCUUUGAUAAGGCUUCUUGUGUUGAAGUUUCCUGGAAAUCACAUGAUUCAGGGCAUGUCCAAUCCGAGUUUCGGGUUUAAGUCAGUGAUUGCAACAUUCUUGUUGAGUUGCCCGUUUUCCACAUUUUUCUAUUUCCGAUAUGAUAUUGUGGUGUUAGGAGAAUGGAAGCCUAAAGAGUUCUGUGAAAACAUCAAUCUUGAUUCCACAUUUCCAAUUGUUGAUCAAAGAUUAUCUUCUCUUUUCACGUCUUUCGAUGGAUUACUUGGUAAAACUUACAUGUUCGCUAAUGGGACAGUCACCAAAAUAAUACCAUGCAUCAUGCUACCUGUUCUGACAUUUCUUUUAGUUUUGGAAUUGAGAAAAGCAGAAAAAUCUAGAAAACAUCUGAGUUUUACGAAAAGAUCAACAACCGAAAGAACCACUGGAUUAGUACUUUUUAUGGCUAUCAGCUUUUUCGUUUUGGAACUUCCAAUGGGAUUCGUAUAUAUUGUUCAGGUCGAACAUACUGACUUGGGUUUCAUGUAA